AUGUACAGGCUCGGGCGUCCCCUCGGCGCACGGAAGCUCGAUAAGCCUCCCCCGCCAGCACCGCAGCCGCCGGUGCAGCAGGCGCAGGUGGGACAGGGGCAGCAGCUGACGGUGAGCGCGACGCGCACGAGCCAGGUGGCCAAAAAGGGCGCCUGCUAUGGCUGCGGCGCGCCGCUGCAGACGGACAUCGCGUCGGGCCCUGGGUACGUGCGGCCCGACAAAUACGACUUGAAGGCCCGCCACAAACAGCUCAACCAGGUGCUGUGCGAGCGCUGCGCGGGGCUCUGCAACGGCGCCAUGAUUCCGGCCGUGGAGGACUUCACCCAGAAGAAGCAGCUGCUGGAGGAGAGCAGGAAGCUGCAGGAGCUGUUCGAACGGCAGCAGCAGCAGCUACAGCAGGAGGCGGAGGCGCGGCAGCGGUCGGGAGGCGCCGAGGCGCGGGAGGGAGGGCAGGAGCAGGAGGGGGAGGGGGAGCCGCGGCAGCAGCUGCUGGGGAAGCUUCUGGUGUCGCCGGAGGAGCUGAGGGAGAAGCUGCUGGAGGUGCGGUCCCGCAAGGCGGUGGUGGUGCUGCUGGUGGACCUGCUGGACGCGUCUGGGACGCUCAUGUCCAAGGUGCGCGACAUGGUGGGGUCCAACCCCAUUGUGCUGGUGGGCACCAAGAUGGACCUGCUGCCAGAGGGGUCCUCGCCCAAGGAGGAGUGUGCCGCCAGGGUGAAGGGGCUCAGGCCGUUUGCCAUCAGGCCCCCCGGCGGCAGCGCCGCCCGCGUGGUGCAGUGGCUGACGGAUGCGUCCGCGGCCAAGCGCCUGACCGUCACCAGCACCCACCUCGUCAGCAGCCACUCCGGGGACGGCGUGGAAGCCGCCACCGCAAAGAUCUGCCGCGAGCGCAAGGGGCGCGACGUGUUUGUCGUGGGCGCAGCCAACGUGGGCAAGUCUGCGUUCGUGAGGGCCAUGCUGCGGGAGAUGUCGCGGAUGGAGGGCUCAAACUUUGAUGCAGCCGCAAUGGCAAACAGCAGUUGGGCAGCCGCCCUGGUCGCAGCCUUCCCUCCGGCCCCGCUGCCUCGGCCCUUCCCGUGA